UGUAUUUAUGAAGUUUGAUAUAUUAUCCAUAUAAAAAUUGUGUAGGUUAUUGUACUAAGACAUUAUCUUUAAGUAGUUUAUUAUAGGCAUUAACUUUUAGUAGUUUUAGACAGAAAUUUGGCUAUUUUUCUGCAUUUGUUUAAUUUCCACAUGUAAUUUCCUUUUUGUACAGAGUAAGGAAUCGGUUAUGUUUUACACUAUUGUUUUCUUCUCGUUUAGAAAAGAACAGCCACAUCAUUGCAAUCUACAGGUUUAAGGAAAUCUCCUAGAAAACCUGCCAAAGACAGGCUCUAUGAAACCCUGCAGUUUUCUUGAUGUGAGGCUGGAGAUGAAGAUGAACCCCAACAUGAUCCUCCAGCACAAAAGGAGUGCAGUGAAGGACUCUUAUUUAAAUAGUCAACAGACGGAUUUGAAAUGGAACUAUGGUACAGCAAAAGAUUCAUGGAUGAAGAAAAUGUACCACUGACAGUAUUUAUGCGGAACGUUGUACAAGGGAUUGCGCCAGAUGAAAGAAUUGAUGUCAUAGAUGCUGCCAUUAAAAGAUAUUUUACAUCCAAAAAGGAGGCCAACAAUAGGCACAAUAAGAAUAAAGAAGAGUUAAAUAAAAAGAGGCAAGCAACAUAUGAAAGAAAGAAAGAGAAAUUGAAGAGGAGACUUGUUGCGGUAGAGAAGAAGACGGGAUGGACCGAGGAGAAGAAAAAUAAAGUUAGAACAUUUUUCCAGCUACCAUAUGCUCACAAAUAUAUGAGCAGUGAUGAGGAGGGAGAUGAUGGUUUUGUGUCCCAUCCAUAUUCCUGGGAGAGUGAGGAAUUACAGAAAGUUAAAGGAAGUCUGGACAAAAAAUAUUUAGAGACAUGUCCUCCACGUAGCAAGAGGUUAUUGUCCAAAAAAGUAGGGGGUCUCUAAGAGAAGAAGAGCCUCCUAAAUUGAACAUUAUUCAUGCAUGGACUUUAAACAUGUGAAUUGCAUGUUAAAAUAUGUUCUUAACAUAUCAUAUUUAUUUUAUUUUUUGACUAUGUGAUGCAUAUGCAAUUUCUUUUUUGUAACACCACUUUUUCAUUUGUACACAUAUUUAGUCUUUGAAUCUGAAGUGCCACAGGGAUCUGUAUUGGGACCAUUGUUGUUUUUAUAUAUAUGUGUUAAUGACAUUGCAGAUAUACAGAUUAUUUGCGGAUGAAAGUUCUCUGCAGCAGUCAUUCAAAUCUGUUAAAUUUUUCGAAGACAAUUUCAAUUAUGAUCUUUAGGUUCAGAAAAUGACCUUUGUAGUUCAAUUCUUUCAAAACAAAAUUUGAUACCAUUGAUACAAUAAGAAUUGUUCAAAUUAAGCAUAUAUUUACACAAAAUUCAAGAUAAUGCAUUCUAUCAUAAAAUAUAUCAAAAAUAUUUUGUUAUGCAUCGCAGCAUGUUUGAAAUAUCAAUGAUUUAUUGUGUACAAUUUGUUUUAUAUUGUUAUACAUGUCCAUGUAUAUUAACCACCGUUAUUGUGGUAUAUAAUCAUACAUUUGUGAAAAAUAGAAAUUAAUAAAUUGACUAUUGAUAUUU